CUGAAGGCUGCCUUUGCUCGCAAAACAUGAGCUAUAAAUCGCUCCCGACGAACGAGAAGACGGGCAUCCCGCCCCCUGUGCAAGCGCCCACGCUCACACGCACCGGGAGUUUGACAGGAAAUAGGUAUCGUCGCCUAGCGACGUUUGCGAGGCACUUUGCGCUGCUCUCGCUGGUAUUCUUUACCCUGAGUCACUGGGCUGCUCGACUUAGGGCUGAGGUCGACGCUGAAGUGAAUGCCUGGCUUCCGAAGCUGUUCGCUCCCAACUAUCAUAAUCAAUACAAUGGCAAGAAACACUCAGUUCCGCACGAUAAGGCUGCCGAAAAACUCUUCUUGACCGUCCCUAAUCCCGCCAGUGCGAUCCGGGCCUCCCGCCAAUACGCCACCAAGCCCCAUAUGGCAGGCACGCCCGGCGACUUCGAUACCGCCAAGCUUUGGCUCGGUCUGCUGCAAGCCGAGCUCGGCGCCGUCGCGCCCGCGAGCGAGCCCAUCUACUCUGCCGGCUCGGAUGAGUCGCGGAACGCUACUCUGUCCAUCCCGCACCUGAAUGCCCCCACGGCGUGGAUCGACGUGUACUAUCCGGUGAUGAACACCCCGAUUAACCUCAGUUUGUCGAUUUUGGGAGAAGAUGGGCUGCCCGUGUGGACUGCCCCGUUAGAAGAGGUCGCGGACGAGACAGAUCCCGACGCGGGAAAGUACGCCGAGGCUGUGCCGACGUUCCAUGGCCUCAGCGCUUCGGGGGAAGUGUCAGGCAAACUGAUCUAUGCAAACUAUGGACGACAGGAGGAUUACAAGGCUCUUGUUGAGAAAGGAGUGAAUUUCACUGGCUCGAUCGUCCUUGUCCGUUAUGGCGGCACCGGCAUUGUUCGUGGUCUUAAAGUCAAGGGCGCGCAAGAACUCGGCGCCGCAGGCGUGCUCAUUUUUUCCGACCCGUCCGACGAUGGUGUCGUCACCGAGGACAAUGGCUAUCUCCCCUACCCGCAGGGCCCUGCACGCAACCCGACGUCUGUCCAGCGCGGCUCAGUGCUGUUCCUAUCGCUUUAUCCUGGCGACCCUACUACGCCUGGUCGCCCCUCGUAUGAGAAUAGCACUCGCACCGAGGCGGAGAGUAUACCCAAGAUCCCGAGUUUACCGCUCUCGUGGGCGAAUGCGCAAGUGUUGCUCAACGAAACUUUGGAGGGUGGACUAAACCGGACUGUAUCGCUCGUUAACCAUGUGGAACACAAGGUCACUCCGAUCUGGAACACAAUGGGUGUCAUCCCCGGGUACAUCAAGGACGAGGUCGUCCUCGUUGGCAACCACCGUGACGCAUGGGUCAUGGGUGCGGCUGAUCCCUCGUCUGGCACAGUGUCUACACACGAGUUUAUACGGGGGCUUGGUGCCCUUCUCAAGGAGGGAUGGAAGCCGCUGAGGACUCUCGUUAUCGGGAGUUGGGACGCUGAAGAGUUUGGUUUAAUGGGUAGCACCGAGUGGGGAGAGGACUUCGCGGAUUUUAUCGGCGACCACGUCGUCACGUACGUUAACCUCGACUCCUCUGUCUCUGGUUCCCGCUUCAGCGCCAGUGCCUCCCCUUCGCUGGCUCACCUCGUCCGUGGUGCUGCAGAGGAGAUCCCACACCCUACAAAGCCCGGAAAAUCGAUCUGGGACGCCAGAAAUGAUGUUGGUGUCUUCGAGGGUCCUGUCAAAGAGGAAGUUCGCGAGACACACGAAGCUGAGGUGCAACAAGCGGACGCCCUCGGCGUCAAUCCUCUGGGCUCCGGCAGCGACUACACCGUGUUUCUGCAGCGCAUCGGAGUCGCGAGCAUGGACGUGAGCUUUGAAAAUACAGUUAACGAUCCGCCUUACCACUACCACUCUAUCUAUGACUCCGAGCGGUGGCAGGAGCUCUAUGGAGACCCGGGCUUCUUCCGCCAUGUGGCCGCCGCGAAACUGCUCGGACUCCAGACCCUUCGUCUCCUGGACUCUGUCGUCCUCCCCAUCAACACAACCCAUUAUUCCUUUGAGCUGGAGAAGUACCUGGAGCAGGUUGAGGCUAUCGCCAGCACGGCUUCCCUUGACGCCGACUUCUCACCUCUUCGACACUCGCUGCACUCCCUCCAGAAAGCGAGUAUCGCUCUCGAUAGGGAGAAGUAUGAUGCGGAGAAGGAGCUGAAGAAGGUUGUUCGGAAGCUGGUCAGGCACAAGAUCAUCCGCCGUAAAAUGCGCACAGUGCUCUGCAAGACGAAGAAGAUCUUCGGCAAGGAGUGUCAUGGCGGGCACAAGAAGCACUCCGGUCAGGAGGCCGAGCCUGUCGUCGACUCCCCGUCUUUCGCAGCUGAGGAGGGCCGUGCUGUCCAGUCUCACGUCGGACGUGCACCCGUUUGGGUAAAGGAGCUUCGCGAGGGACAUCAGUGCCAGACGAAGGACAAAGAUCAUCGCAAGAGUCACCUACACAAGAGGCUGGAGAGGGCAAUCAAGCGUGUGCGCAAGGCCAACCAGAAGCUCGCUAUGUUCGAGCGCGGCUUCAUCUCCGAGGAGGGCAUCAAGGACCGUGAGUGGUACAGACACCUCGGUGUCGCCCCUGGCAAGUGGCUUGGUUACGGUGCGACUACUCUGCCUGCUCUCACAGAAUCCUUUACCAUUGACCAUAACGCCACUCUCGCCGAGCACGAGAUCGACAGGCUGACGAAGCUCGUCGACAAGCUCGCAGACAAGCUCGCGUCUUAAUUCGGAUGUUUAUAGCUAUGAACAGUGCAGCGUGGCUAUCAAGCCUAAUGUAUACUACAAUGUAUGCGUUCUCAUGAGUGUGGACAAAUGUACGUUCUGAGCACAUCAAGAACAUCAACAAUAUGCCGUUCC